AUGCGGAAAAUGGAAUGGGUGUUCGCGCUGCUCCUUUGUGGCUGCCAGGCGCAAGAUAACAUCCCAUCCGCGGACACUUUCUUACGUCGUCUGAACACCAAAGACCCAAGACAGCUAUGCGGAAUUUUACGGAUGGCUGAUGAGCAGAAAGCCACGGUCAUCAAUGACUACCUCUAUCUGGAUGGAGGGGAACUAUCGCAGAAGGGGUUCACAGCUUAUAGAAACUCCAAUGGAUUUAAUAUCACUGCUUCUCUCGAUCUUUCCAAGUCUUGGUAUCCGAGAAAUGUAACUUUCAACGAGACCCCCAAGCCCGACGGGAUCCCGAUUCUCUGGCGGCAUGCCAUCUUCACCGACAGCGCAUCUAAUUCUUUCUAUAUUUAUGGCGGCAGAGAAUCCUACCCCAAUGGCCCACCGCGCGACAAGUACUGGAAGUUCAUUGCAGAUAAUAAGGGGUCUGGUUCCUGGAGCACCGAAACCACCAGUGGCGCGUUCACGGGCCUGGUCCGUUCAGAAGCAGGGGCUUUUGCCAGCACCAGCAACGCUGGAUUCUGGGUUGGGGGAUACGCUUCAGGAUGGACAGACAGCCAGGCGACUGGCAAUUUAGCCAGCGAUAUUCCUGGCGUUGUGUCAUUCAAUUUCAGCACCAAGGCUUGGAAAAACCACACUGAGGCCCCGUAUUCACCAAGUGGAAGGAUGUAUGGCGGCACCGCUACGUAUAUUUCCAACUUGGGCUCUAAUGGUCUGGUUAUGACGCUUGGUGGUGUUUCCAGUUCGAAGCCAAAGGCCGCCGGACAUUUGGACCUUGGAAAUGUGCAUUUCUUCGACCCGGAGACCAUGAAGUGGUAUAAGCAAGCUACAACAGGUGACAUCCCUUCCGGUCGCAUGGAUCACUGUGCAGUUGGCGUGAAGGGCAAUGGGACGUUUGAGAUCUUUGUGUUUGGCGGUUAUAAUGUAGACCAAGACGAGACCUACAAGGACAUGCACAUCUUGAGCCUCCCCGGUUUUUUUUGGACGAGAGCCAGUGAAGAGGCUCGGUCUGGUCGAAUGCAGGGCACAUGUGUUCUUGCUGGAAAGCGGCAACUGGUGUCCAUUGGCGGAACUGAGGCCAUCCGCGAUCCCGACGCGUGGGGACCGGCCGAUCCCGAGCCCCAGGGGCUAUCCAUCUUCGACUUGAGCGAGUUGUCGUGGAAGGACAAGUACGAUGCCAAUGCUGCUGAGUACACUACCCCCAAAAGUAUCAAAACAUGGUAUAACAACGGGGGCCUGGACAAGGUCGUUUGGGGUGACGGUGUAAAGGGUCUUCUAUACGGGAACUCAGAACUGGGUGGCACGGAGUCCAACCCUCAGCCUACCUCGGAUCCGACUGCCGAGUCAGCAGACAAUUCUUCCAACUCCAAGUCACCAUCAACCGGAGUCAUCGUCGGAGCCGUAGUUGGCUCGUUUGUUGGUGCUAUCGUAUUGGGCUUGCUGGGCUUCUUUUUCUUGGCGCGAAGACGCCGCAGGCAUGACCCGGCAAUAUCUGAACUGUCGCAAUAUCACGAACCCCCAAGCGAAUUAGAAGCCCCAAGAAGUAUAACCGAGCCUCCCAAGUAUAUGGAAAGCUCAAGACAUGAUUCAGAGCCAUUCAAGGACACGGGCUGUGAGCCCGACCAUUUCUCGUACAGAGCAGAGCUUUCAACCGAUGGUGAGCUCAGCGCUGAGUUAGGACCAGGAAGACAAUGGCCCUAA